AUGGACACUGUUCAUUCAUCUACGGGCGCUCCGCAAUGUUCGGCAUUAGACGCGACAACCGAGGUACAUUCAAAAAUUGCAUUUAUUUCAACAUAUAUAGUCACAAUAAUGUAAUAUUCAUUUUUGUACGGCGUCUACCUAACAUUUGCCCGUUACACGCUCACUAACAUUAGAACAUUAAGUAUUGAAUUGUACAUGUCAAUUUUAUUGUUAAACAUUUCAUUAUAAUUAGUUCUGAUAGGGUUACCUAUCUAAAUAAUGGGUAGGUACGUGCGAGUAAUAAUUAUUAAUUAUACAAUUUUUUGAUUUGCAUAGGUAGUAUUAAUAAAUUCGAUUUUUAAACCAGUUCUUAUCUCAUAGGUAUCAUCUCCGUUGAAUUAUUAUUAUUUUUUUUUUUUCAUAAUCGUCAAUGUUUUAUAGUAUUUCAUUGAAUAUCCUGUUCCUGUAUAAUAUAGGGAAAUGAUUCGAGAUUUCAAUAAAUAGAUUUUUUUUUUUAGUUCUGAAUUCCAAAUGUGUGUUACCUACCUUUAAAUGUGUUGAGUACUGUUGUACAUGCCAACAAAUAGUAAUGUAUGUUGUAAAUCAAAUGGUAUUUGUAUUUAAUUAAGCCCACUGAAGUAUACUUGAAUAGUUACUUGAAUAUUGAAGCCAAUUAUUGAAUACUUGAAGCCAAUUGAAUAACCCGAGGCGACACAAAUAUAUAAUAUACUUAGGGCAUCUGGGCCAAUAUGAAGGGAAACUUAUCCGAAUUGUAUUACGGGAUUUUGUGAUCGAGAAACUUUAAUUUGCUUAAAUUGUAUUUCCGAAUUACAAUAAAGAUUUACAUGUAUUAAGUUAUCAGUUUUUUUUUUUUUUUUUUUAAAUUAAUCACACUACUUACCUGCACUUUCUUAAAAUCAUGUUUGAAAUAAUUUGUUGUCACUAUGGAUUAAAAAUCUAAACAGUGAAGGUAUUAAAUAGUCCAAUCAACACUUGAGAGCUAAACUAAAACCGGUUAAUUUAUGAUCUUUAAAUUACUCAAAUGCAGAUAUAGAUAUUAUAUCACUGAAAAGUGUAUAUAUAUAUAAAUUCAAUCUGAUAUUUAAAAUCAAAAACUAUAGGCCGAUGUUAAAAUUAACUGUUAAGUAUGUACUAUGUAAGUUAGAUUAUGGGUUGAAAUUACUAUUUCUGGAUGUCUUUUAUCCACAUUUCUGAGGUAUAGUGAUUUUUUUUUCAGAAUAUUUUCCUUCGGAUGAAUUGGGUCUACUUAUUAUUGAUUUUUGAAAAAACCUUAUAUUCCAAUAUUUCUAACUUAACUGAUAUACAACAUUGUCUUAUCCCAAAACUCACAACUAUAAAUAAGUAUUGUUAGAUUUAUUCGUUUUAUUUGCUCCUUAGAAUACACUAUUAUAUAAAAAUGACUAAAUUUUCAUUUUUAAAAUUUAAUAAUUAAUUUGUCUUGGUAGGAAGAUAUUGUGUGCAGCCAGAUUAUUCAUUAUUAUGGAGUAUUAUAUACAGGAUGAUUCCCUAAUUGUGAACACAUCAUUUUUUCGGUUAAAUUCCACAUGUAUUCAUAUACUGAUUUUUUACAUUUUUAAAUGUAGUUCAAACCGAUAUUUUCGAAUACUUAGAUUUUUCUGACAUUUAAGGAGUAUCUUUUGGCAAUACCAACUUAAGUUUUUCAAAUGAAAACCUAUAUUAAAAGUGCCAUAAAUGGAUGGUAUAUUACUUUAAUACAUUUUGGUGUCAACAUUUUUAAUUUCUGUCAACCUAUUAAUGAGAUAUUUCACUUUUAAGUUUAGGUAGGGAGAGAGUAGUGGAGUAUCAUUUAUGUGGUGUUUUAUUAGUUUUUUACUAUAAUUUAACCAAAAAAAUGGGGUGAGCACGCUUAGUGAACCACUCUGUAUUUUCCAAAUAGAUACCUACUCAUAUGAAAACUUCUCUUUUCUGAUAGUAUAAUCAUACCUAAUAUAUAUUUAUGAUUAAGUAGUUUUUAUAAUGUUUUUAUAAUCAUUAAUUAUUUAUAGGCUCUGUGUGAUGGUUUAAAUGUUGUGGAAGCUGAAUGUGAUGAUGCAAGAGAACAAAGUUUAAGAAACUAGUAAGUUAUUGGUUUUGGUAUUAAUAACGGUUUAAUUAUUAUCUAUGUGCCUAUUUAUUGCCUAUAAUGUUAAACUAACCAAACAAUUAUUAUUUAUAAUUAGACUGUACAGUUAUUAUAUCAUUUAUAUUCCUUACAUUUACCAAAUUUAAUGUUUAUAAAUAGGUAAAUGUGUUUAAUUUAUUUUUACAGUGCUUUUCGUGUUGAACAUAUCAAUAUCAAUCCCAGUCAAAUAGGAGAAGAGGGCAUUGAUGAUAAUUUACUAUUAAAGUAAUAAGGUUAUUUUUGCAGUUAAUUUAUAUUGAUUGAUUUUGUUUUAUUUUUUUUUCCAGAAUAUUUUCCCAAAGCAUAAAUCAUGGAUUAGGUAUUGAUAUUGGUUAUACAAAAGACAAUUUAAAAUCAAAUCCAAGUAAUAAUGUUCAUAGAUAUAACUAAGAUAAAAUUUAUUUGUAGGAACACCUACGGCUGCUUUAUCAAUUGAUACAAAUACUGAAUUAUCGAAUGAUUGUAAUACCAACCAAAUAAAUACAUUAAGAAAUAAUGAUACAGUUUAUUUGAAAUAUUUCAAAAGCAUAACUGAAUUAUAUAUUAUGAAAGAUGUAAAAGGAUUUAAAAAUGUAAAACUAAGUAUUAAUCAAGAUAAAAGUAAGUAAAUCUAUAAUUUAAAAUUAACUUAUGUAUUCUUUAAAAAUAAGUUUUAAAUAAUAUUUUUUUUUUUUUUUAGCUUUUGUACCUAAAAGUGAUAUUAAUGUGGGAGAUAUUGUAAAGGUUGUUUCUAAACAUUAUUUAUAUCGUGGUAAAGUUAUUGAAGUUAAUAAUACGUCUAUUAAUGUACAAAAUAUCGACUUAGGAUAUUUUGAAGUAGUUGAAGCAAACGUUAUUGGCGAAUUAUCAAAUGAUUUAAAAAAGGUAACAAAUAUUUGAUAUUACUCUAAUAUUAUAUUUAUAACAGAUAAAUCUGGUGAAUACUGGGUCACUUUUUAAAUAAUUAUGUAUUAUUAAAUAAUUAAGCCACUACAUACAUAUAUCCAUACUAUAAGAAUCUUGGUACAUUUAGUACACACAAGGACCUCUUUUCCACCACAAGGAUUCCCUUUAAAACAAUUGAUAUUAUUUCAAAAACAAAUAGAAAACGUUCUUGUUAAGGUACGGUUUCCAAGGCGCGACCGGUCACGGAGACCAGUCGCUGCAACCGGUCUCCGCGACCUGUCCGUGUGUGCUAGUUUCCUAGGCGCGACUGGUCGCCGAGACCAGUCUCUGGUGAUGUAAAGAAAACCGUCAAAUUCUGUAUCUGUAUUCAGUAUCAUUGUGGUUUUCGUGCAGUGAGGGCUAGUGUUUUAAAGUUAAAUUGUAUAUUUACUACUAUGAGUAUGAAUACAAUUAUUAAUUACAAUAAUAAAAUAAUGUUACUUCUUCUUGAAGAAAAGCAAGAGGAUGAUGAUUUAUUAUUUACAACACAAUGCGAUCAGAGAGAAAAAGUUGAUGCAUUUUUAUAUUUGUUGUGCGACAGGUCAAACAACUCAACAUUUCUUCGAACCAUUUUGAUCAGUUGUUCUUCUCCCGAAAAAUGAAAUUUAGCCAUAUUGCUGUACAGGACAGUCGAAAUACACUGCUCUCGGACUGGUAGUGUCGAUAAAAUUUAGUCGCGCGACUAUUGUCGCGCAUUGGAAACUAGUCAAUAGGAAUUACAUACUAACAAUCUGACACCGACCUGUCGCACCUUGGAAACUGUACCUUUAAUAAAUAAUGAAAUAGAUAAUUAUUAGUUUUUCAGCGAUUUUCAUCAUUUUCUUCUGACAUAUCCACUUUUUCAGAGUUUUUUCCCCACAUUAAUAUACACCUCCCUCCCUACCUGUCACUGUCUUCAUCUUCUUGAUUUCCAUGCUAAUAUUAUUCUAGUUUUCUAUGAUUACAAAUUUAAAUUUCUCAUGUUAGAAUAGAUUUAUGUUGAUAGCAUUUUUGAGUACUGUUUAAAGCAUUUUACUGUAAUCUUUAUUCAUAGUUAUGCAAAUAAUUAAAACUAUAUCAAUUUAGUAUUUUAUCUACAAACAAUAAUAUACAAUAUACUUGCAUAUUAUCAAUAGAUAAUUAUUUGACCAAUAUUAUAUAAAUGAAUAGUACCUACCAAUUUUUAGAUUUGGAGCAUAGCAAGGAAUCUAUUGGUUUUACUGUAAUUUGUAUUUUUCCUGUCUGUGAACCACAUUUCUACAAGAUAUUUUGCUCUGAAAUAUAAAACAUAACGCCUUUCUGAAAGGUAAUUUUCUUUAGUUGGUGCGUUGAGGAGGUCAUUUUUUGAUUAUCCAAAGCAGUUUCGAAAUAAUCGGGGAAACCCAGAAAGAAAUCUAGUUGUAUUUUUUUUGUCUAAACAUGGUAAAAUGUUCAAAAUAUUUAAUUAAUUUUUGAGCUUAAAUAUAGACAUUUUAAUUUUGCGAGUCUUAUAUGUCAUUUUUAUUCAGUAGGUACUCUGUAGAAAAAAUUGUGUGAUUAAAUAGAAAUGCAUGCAAAUUUAACAAAUGGUUCCAUAAAAUUAGUAUAUUAUAUUACCUUUCCAAAUUUUUAUUUACAACAGUGGUUCACCCAUUAUCUAUGUCCAUGCUUUUUUAAUAUUUGUAAAAGAGUAUAACUUAUUACUUAUCAAUUUUUACACUUUUCAUCACAUACACUAAUUAUAGUAUAACUUCUGAGCUUUUCAGAUCCUUUUGGAUUUCAUUGGUUUCAAUGUUUGAAUUCCAAUCAAAUUGUUGUUUUCAAAGCCAUUAGAUUCAUAAAAUGAUUAAUUUUUGCACCCAUAAUUAUAUGGUUAUAUCAGCUUGUUAAAUUUUACUUUAAAUUAACGUGUGAUCAAAAAAUGAAACAUAGCAUAUGCCACUGAAGAUUUGAUCUAAUUUUUACAAAAACCGAUCAGUAGUUCUGAUUACCCAUUACUUCCCUCAAAAUAUCUUUUUCAAUGCCAAUGAAAUAGUAAAAAUCUGGAAAUGUACCUCCCUCCACAGAAUCCUAACAAUAAGGUUAAUUGAAAAUGAGUGCAAAAUUUGAAUUCAAUAUUAUUUGAAAUAUAUAAAUUUAUAUAAAAAAUUUAAAUAAUGUAAAACUUUUAAAAGUUCCCAACUCCCUACAGCCUACCUAACAAACAGGCCAAUUUAAAACUAAAUGUAAAAUGUGGGUCCAGUGCCAUUAUAACUGAUAAUAGGUUUUAUGUGCCAAACUAUCUUGUAACCUAAAAUUUAAGGGUAAAUAAUUUAUGUAAGCUAAAUUAUGAUUCUGACCAAUGUGCGUCCUAAAAUAUAUUUGAAGUUAAAUAUUUUGUAUUUUUAUUCCGGUAGAUUCCUGGAUUGGCAUAUAAAAUUGGAAUUAAAGAACCUUUAGUACAGAAAAGUGUGGCAUUAGACAAUUUUAUCAAUGUACAUAGAAAAGUUCCAUUGUGUUUAGUAAGUAUAAUUUAUAUAUUUUAAAAAUAAACUGUUAAAUUUGUAUUAUAGAAUAUUAUAUACUAAGAUAAAUUUCAUUAAUUAUCUUUACCACACAUUGGAAAAAUAUAUAAUAAUCUUUCAUAGAAAAUAUUUCUUUACUGUAAUAAUAAUAAAAUAAAAUAUUUACAGUUUAAACAUUUUAAAUUGUCAAUUUAUGGCAGCUGUUAGUUUUAAAACAUUUGGGAUAAGGAUGUUAUAAAAAUUGUCAAGAAUAUUGCCAUUAUAUAAAGUAUUAUUAUUUUUUCGAGUAGAGUAAAAUUAUUACGGUUGAAUACUUGAAAUUUAGAAAGUAAUUGAUAAAGGCCCUGAGUAUUUGAAAAUAUUGUCUAGUACUCAGGUUAGCUAUGUAUUUAAAAACUAAAAAAGCUUAAGUACUCAAGUAUUAUUUUAAAAUGCACAAGUACUAGAAUAUUUUCAGUGUACAAUGAAAUUUCAGAAUUCUAUUAUUAACAAAUAUUAGUUAAAUAUUAUUGUUUAAUAAGUUAUAACUAAUAUCAUUGAAUUAAAAAUAUUUAAUAAUAAUAAAAAUUAAAUUUGGUAUAUUAAAAUAAAAUUGUUACUUAUUGAAAAAAAAAAAUGAUUUAAAAUAUAAUUAUCAGAGCUAGGAUUUGUAUGCAAUAAAACAUUGUAAAAUAUGCAUUUUGUUUACCAAAAUAUGCAAAAAUAUGCAUUUAAAUUUUUAUAAGAUAAACACAAAAAUAUAGUUACAAAAAAAAAAUGUAUUUAUUGAAAUACAUUUGUAGUUGGCUGUUUGUCGCAAUAAAAUAUUAUUGAGAAAUAAAAUUUAUAAUUCACAUUCAAUAGUGGAAAUACGUGUGUUUCAUGCUACUAUUUUUUUAAAUUUUCGAAUAUAAAUGAUCGGUGAUUGGAUCGUAGUAUUGAUUUAUACUGACUGAAACUCCGGUCAACGUCACAUGAUGUAGUUGGCGCAUAUUUAAAUAAAGACAUUUGUCCCGGUGUUAAAUUACAACUGAAAUUGUCUUCGCCAUUUAAUAUUUUAUUUAUUGAUUGUAGAGUUUUAAAUCAUUUAUUUUUUUGUAAAACCAAGGAUAUUUUCUUUUUAACUUUAUCUAUGACUUUAUUCAUUACACUCAAGAAGUCGAUUCCUAGCAUUUAUUAUAAUCUGUAGAUUUUAAUGAAGUCUUCGUCAGACUAUUCAAUCUUUUAUCGCACAUCUAUUGUAUUAUUGGAUUGUAUUUACAAAAAUACAAUUUAUGUUUGACAAAAAAAUCAAAUUGUAUACUUUAAUUAGCGGGGCUAGAAUUAAAUACGAAAUAUACUGCGAUACAUGCAUUUUUCGCAUUGUUAUAAUCGAAAUAUGCAAUAAUAUUCGUUUUAUUUAAUAUAUGCAAUAAUAUGCAUUUUAUCCAAAAUAUGCAAAAUAAAAACACCGCCACUUAUCUCAUCAUGAGGUUAUUUGUGGAAAUUACUGACAAAAUCAAUAAUCAGAUGUUGCAAAAAAACAUGCUGUUGCAUAUAAAUCCUAGCCUUGAUAAUUAUAUAAAAAUAACCACAAGAUACUAAAUAUACUUGAAAUUAUAUGAAUAUAAUAUUUAUAAUAAUAAAUACGAAUUUAUUAUUUUAUUUUAAUAUUAUUUUAUAAAUACGAAUUUAUUAUUUUGUUUCCCAAUAAUUUUAUUCCAAUAAUAUUAUUCACUGAAUUUUCUUGUCUUGUCUACUUCAUAAUUACAUGUAUGCAUAUACAACAAUUUUGUUGGCAGUGGAAUUAGUUGUUUCAACAUUUAAUCAAUUUUUUAAUUUCAUUUUUAGGAAUUUGAUGAAGGAAAUUGUAAUGGAUACCAAGAGAUGACUUUAAAAAUAAAAUAUACUUCUAAAAAUAUUUUUAAUGAAUUUUUAAAAAUUAAUCUUUCGGAUAUUUGCAAUGGUAAGACUGUUAUCAAAUUUAUAUUUGUUUUAUGUCAAUGUGUAAUUAUAUUAUUAUAUUAUAUUAUUCUCUUUAUUCUAACCAAUGUGUAUCAAAAAAUAAUUUAAAUGAAGAAGUAAAAAAUACCGCAAAUAAAAGUACCAUCAACAAUUUUAAAAGUAUUUCAAUAGAAAAUGGAGAGUAUUGUAUAAUGUCAUAUUUUAAAGAUUUCCGAAAUAUCUAUAUUUAUAAGGCAGUUCUUUUAGACGAAGAACCUAAAUUCUAUACAAUUCAUAAUAUUGAUGUUAUUGCGAGAACUGCAAACACUACAGGUAUUAUCAGUAGAGUUCAUGAUAUGAUAGUAUAGUAUAGUAAGAUUAUGUUUGUACUGUUUUAAUAAUAGAGUGAAUUGACAUAUUAUCAAACUUAAAGAUAAGCACAUUAUCUGUGUUUAUACUUGGAGAAGGGUUAAUUUUUUACAUAUUUCACAUACUCUUGUUAAGUUUUUUAAUUAAAAUAUCAAACUAAAAACUAACAAAUAGCUCUAAUAUUAAAACCAACAAGCAGUAGCAAAAUUUGUUCUAUGGAACACAAAUUUGCUGUAUAGUGUACUUAUUAGUUAUAUAUUAGAAUACAAUCAAAGUUUAAUACUUUAAAACAAUUGUAAAUUAAAUGCAUGGACAAUCAUAUAAAUUGGUCUUUCCUUUCUUAUUAUUAUGGUACAAUGACACAUAAUGUAAAUAUGUUCAAUAUUAAUUUUAUUAAUAGGUAUAGUAUAUAAUAUGUGACUUAGUGCAAGAGCUAAUGUUAAAAAAAAUAUGUAUGUAUGUGUAUAUAUAUAUAUAUAUAUAUAUAUAUAUAUAUAUAUGUACAUAUUAUAGCAAUUUAUGAACUCUGUAGGUACUCAUUAGAUUUUUGGCUUUUCUUGCAUCAAUGGGAGGCCAUAAAAUCCUAGAAAGUAAUUUCUCUGAUACUAGAACUAGUGGUAUGUUAUUAAAACAUCGUGCCCUUUGUCACCACACAAAUGAUGCUCCAGUUCUCUCACCCAAUUCAAACUUAAAAGUGGAAUAUCAUGUCACCAGUUCAAUGGGAAACAAAAAUGUCAACACCAACAUUUGUUUUAACAAUUCUUCAUCUAUUUACAGAAUUUUGAAUAUAGUUUGUUAUUUUAAAACCAAAAGUAGGUAGUCAUUUCACCUCCGAAAAUUAGGGUGACAAAAAAUAAUUUAAAUCUUAAAUUUUAGAGCAACUUGUUAUUUAAAUUUUCAAAAUAAUGUAAAUACUUUCCGAGAUAUCAAAAGUCUAUCCACUUCACUUAAAUGGAUCACCCUGUACUUUCGCAGAAACAAUGUGAGUAGUUUUCAUGUGGUGUAGCAUUCCACCUUAGGCACAAAUAGUAUUUGAAAUUUUAGAGGGAGGCUAAAGUCUGGGAUCUCAGAAUUUACAAAAGUAAUAAUUACCAAACAAUUGUCUUCUCUUUGCUCAGGUUCAACUAUAAACAUAUUCAUUUACAGAUUAUAACAUUUGUUUGUCUAUUUCAAUACCCCUAGAAAGUUUAAAACAUAUUUUAUAACUGUAGUGGUACAUCACACUAUUUUAUGAUGGUAGUUUUACUUAACAUUUGGAUUCUGGGAGUAAACUGUCUCACCAAGCUACAGAUAAUAUACUUAAAUGUUUUUAUUAAUAAAAUAUUAUUGCAUUAUGUAGACAGAAAAAUCCAAACAAAUUUAGCCAUCGGAGAUAUUGUUAAAGUUUUAUCAUGUUUUCAUGAAGAAUUUAGUAGAGCAGAAAUUACAAAUAUUGAAAAUAAUAAAGUCUAUGUGUUUCUUGUUGAUUCGGGAUGUUCAGAAAUUUUUGAUUCAAGUGAUAUAUUUGAAUUACCAGAUGAAUUGAAAAUAGUGGUAUGCCAUAAAAAGUUUGAUAUUUAAUAUUCAUAUGUUAUAAUUUACAAUUCAGUUUAAAUGGUAUCAUUUUAGAAUGAUAUGCCAUUACGAGUAUCAAUUGAAGUCCCUACAGGUUCAAAAACAAAUAUUGAUAUUGAAAAUUUGUUUACAAAUUUAAUAGAAAAGGAUGUGUUACUGUCUAUUGUAAGUAUCUUACUAUUGAAUUAUUUAUAUUUCUUAUAUUAAUUUUAUUUUUUUUAGGAAUACAACAAAAAAAGUAGAAACCAUUUAGAAAAUGUUAUUCUAAAGGAAGUAGUGUCCGGUAAAUCUGUGAAUAAAGAAGUAUUAAAAUUAUCAACAGUUGAAAAAAUAACUAUCAGAGAUGGUGAUACCUGUACACUAACCCAUUGUGAAGACUUAGAGAAUAUUUAUGUUUCCAAAAUCUAUGAAUUUGAAUAUAUCCAAACAAUGGAGGACAUAGUAAAUAAUAUAGGUUAUUAUUUUAAAUAAAUACUCUUUCUAUAUUGUAUUGCACAUAUGUCAAUAUUUAUUAUUCAAUUAUUAUUUUCAAUAUUAUUGUUGCAUGCUAUACCACAAAAAUUAUAUUUUAUAUGGAGUUUAAGACUCCUGGUUUUUCACACAAGUAGUCUCAGUGGGCCCCAGUAUUUUUUAGUAUAUGUUACUUUUACAUUUUCUUACAAUUGAAUAGUGUUUAUAUAUAGUGUGUAUACUCUAUAUUUCUCUCUAAUUUUAAAAUUAAGUCUUAAUUUUAGGGUUACCACAUUUUCAACAAAAGAUCAUUUUUGCAAGUAACUGAAAGUAACUUUUCAUAUUGAGUUGGUCAUACAUUUAUUCAAACUAUAAUAAUUUUUUCUAAAUAUUUUGAGAUUCAUUGUUUUACAAAAAGUAAUUUUUUUUUUUUUUUGCAUAGACCAAAGACCAAACUUAAUUAUAUUUAGCUAUCUAAGCUAAUAAAUAUCUUAAAUAUUAAUUGUAACAUUGUUAUGAAUGCUGGUUGGUCAAUGUAAUUAGUAACUUUUUUAGGUAUUUUUGUUAUUUAAAUAAUUAAUAUAUUUUGUGUUUAUUAACACAUUAUAUUACCAAGAAUUAAUUAAAUGUUGCUAUAAAAAUUUGUAUUUUUCAUUCCUUUUUUUUAAUUUUGUCAAGAUGAAAAAUAAUUAAUUUUUUAAGUUGGUACAUUGUACCUACUUUAAUAAUUAUAAGUAUUUGCUUAAUCCAAGGUAGGCCAAUAGGUCCAUAUGAGUUCGAGUGUCGCAACAACCAUCAUUAUAAAAAAAAUUUUUGUAAAUUUGUAUGUAUUUGUAUGUUUAAUCCAGGAGUAUUUAAAUUAGAUAAACAACAAUUAAUAAAGUCAAUAUAUAAUAAGUAAUAACUAUGAAAAUCGAAAUUAUACAAUCAAAUUAAGUAGCUAUAUAGGUGCAUUCUGUCUCAGGAGAAUGUCCAACAAUUUUCCAACAUCUUGCUCUAAUCACAUCUAUGAGUUUACAUUUUUCCCCCACAGUUCUAAGUACUUCUUCAUUUGUUUUUCAUUCUAUCCAACUUAACCUUUCCAUAUGCCUCCAACACCGCAUCUCAAAGGUUUCUUGUUUUUUCUUUUCAGUAUCAUUUAUUACCCAUGUUUCACAUACAUAUGUUGCAACACUCCAUAAAUAUGUUUUAAUAAGUCUAUUCUUAGUAUUGAAAUUUGACUUUUUUGAAGUUAAAAAUGUGUGUUUUAUACUAAAGGCAGGUUUUGCUAAUGCUAUAUUAUGUUAUUUUAUCUUUUGGACGUUCUUACCAUCAAAUGUGAUUUUGCCCCCUAGUUUACAAAUUCCUCAUCAGUUUUUAUUUUUGGGGCUCUGGCGCAAAUUAAGAACUUUGUUUUUCCCUUAUUUAUUUUUAUUUCUGAUAUCCUGAGCAUUUCAUUCAUUUCAUCAACUGCAUGCUGUAUGUAAACUUUACUCUGCGCUUUUACCACAAUGUCAUUUGCAAAACAUCAUUGAAACAAUUUCUCCGCCAAUUUUGAUUAGUCUUGUUAGCUUUACUUCCACUAUAUUUAUAACUUUUUUGAUGUAGCAGUUAAAAAGUGAUGGGCUGAUAAGUUCAUCCUUGUGGAACUCCAUUUAUUUGAGCAUUAGCAGUGAUUCCUCCUUUUUAAUGCAAGCUGUCUGAUUUUUGCACAGAUUGUGUACGAUUCAUAGGUUGUGUUGUUGUUCAACACCUAUUUCUAAUGUAGCAUGAGCAGCAUUUUAUUACAAGUUAAUUUAUAGAAAGCCUUUACCAGGCUUUUAAAGACCAAAUAUAUCACUCUAUUCUUAUUAAAUUCUAUUCUUCAAUUAGCAUUCGCAGUGCUAAAGUUGCUUCUUAUGUACUUCUUUGUCAUAUGAAACCAUUAAUCAUUUUUUAAGUACUGUUCCACUUUUCCUUCUAUUCUUCGAUUUAUUAUUUUCAGUAGGAUUUUUGAGAUAAUGUGUCAGUAAACUCAGUAUUCUAAACUGUUCACAGGAAUUUACUCCAUUUUUCUUUGAAAUAGUUACAAUUAUGCUCUUACAAAAAUCAUCCCAUACCUCUCCUUUCUCAUAUGUAUCCUCGAAUUAUUUGAUAUAAAGUGUCCUUUAUCUUCAUGCUGUUGAAAUAAUUCUGCUGUUAUAUUAUUAGCCCCGAUGCUUUAUUUUGUUUCAAGUUAUAAAAUGCUAGCUCAAAUUCUGAUCUUAAAAUGGCUAGUUUUGAUUUGUCUUCAUUUGUUGUCAGUUUCUUAAACUGUUCAUCAUAAAGCUCUUUAAGAUACUCUCUCCAUAUUUUUAUUAUGUUCUCAUUAUUAACUAAUAAUUGGCCAUUUUUAUCUCUGAUAUUAGUUUAAUUUUGUUUUCUCUUUCAAUUGUUGAUCAGGUUAUAUAUGAUAUUUGCUAUAAUUUGUUGUAUAAUAUACAUUUUUUAGGUGUAUUUUUAUUUACAGCUAACUUAAUAAUAUUACCACAAUACUGAUAUUGUUUUAUAGAUUUCAUCAAUAAAAUCAACUUAAAUAUAGGAGAUGUUGUUAAAGUUCAAUCACCAUCAAAUAAAAAAGUGUAUAGAGCAAGAAUUAUAAAUAUUAUAAAUAAUGGUGAUUGCUGCGUUUUUUAUUUUGAUUUUGGAAAAACAGAAGUGGUCAGUCCUACAUAUAUAUAUGAGUUGUCAGAUGAUUUAAAAAAAAGAGUAUGUUUUAAUGAUUUAAACAUGCUCAAUGCCCCUUAUUAAUUGUUUAAAUAUUUUUUCAGCCCAAUUUCGCUGUUAGAGUUGGAUUAAAUUUGGGACCUAGAAUUAAAAUGAAUUCUAAAAUUGCACAGCUAUUUUCAAAUUUAGCUACUACAUUGACAUUAUUAUACAUUGUAAACAAAUUUAACUUGUUUAUUUAUCUAGUUAUAAGUACAUAUAUAAACAUUUUUUUUUUUUUUUUUUUUAGGAGUUUGAAGAAUCUUGUACUGAUGGAUUAAACAAUUGUUUUUUAAAAGUGGUAUCAAGUGGACUUAAUAUUAACAAAGAAGUUGAGCAAUUAUCAUUGUUUUCGCAGUAUACGAAAUUAGGUUACUAA